CUUGGGAUUUCAUUUUUUCAGAGCUCAGACUUCGAGCUUCCCUCCCCCCCCCUCUCUCUCUCUACUUCUUUCUCUCUCUAAAUGCCUGUCUGCAAAAAUUAGGGUAAUAAUAAAGAGGUGAGAGCUGAAGAAGAAGAAGAAAAUCCAAAGUCCAGGCCAAAACGGCGUCGUUUGAUUUCGUUGUAGAGGCAUGGAUAACGGCAUGCGCGAGAAGUUGCUCGAUCGAGAAGGGAGCGAGGAAGGAGAUUUGAAAGUAAGGGUCUACAACGAGUCCAAGAAAAUAUGGAAAGUAGCGUUGCCGGGCAUUAUCGCGAGAGUGGCGGCAUUUGGGACCAUAAUCGUGACACAAUCCUUUAUCGGCCACAUAAGCUCCGUUGAUCUCGCCGGUUAUGCGCUUGUCCAAACACUUACCGUUCGUUUUGUGAAUGGGAUUUUGAUAGGAAUGUCGAGCGCAACCGAGACUCUAUGCGGACAAGCGUACGGUGCAAAACAAUACCAUAUGAUGGGCUUAUAUCUACAAAGAUCAUGGAUUGUUGAUAUCCUAGCAUUAACCCUCUUGCUUCCACUUUUUCUAUUCGGGGGUCCACUUUUUAAACUACUCGGCGAGGAUCCGAGCAUUGUGGGAUCGGCCGGAUACAUUUCUUGGUGGUUUAUUCCGAUGGUGUACAACUUCGUCUUCACCUUGACGAUGCAAAUGUUUCUCCAAUCACAACAAAGGAAUAGCAUUGUCGCGUGGAUAUCCAUUGCGCAAUUUGCGAUGCACGUCCCCCUCUCGUGGUUAUUCGUAAUUUAUCUUGAGUGGGGGGUUGAUGGCGCAAUGGCGGCACUAUGCAUAUCUUCAUGGUUUGUUGCGUUUGCCGAGUUCGGGUAUAUUAUGGGCGGUUGGUGUCCGGAUACUUGGACGGGAUUAAGUUCGGCGGCUUUUAAGGAUUUGUUCCCCGUAAUAAAGCUUUCGAUAUCUUCCGGCAUAAUGGUUUGCUUGGAAUUGUGGUACAAUUCCAUACUCGUCUUGUUGGCUGGCUACAUGAGUAAUGCUGAAGUCGCCAUAUCUGCCUUCUCUAUUUGCCUUAACAUCAACGGAUGGGAAUUCAUGAUCUGCCUUGGAUUUCUUGGCGCCGCAUGCGUACGGAUUGCGAAUGAACUCGGACGAGGAGAUUCCAAGGCGACAAAGUUUUCUAUCAAAGUCCUUAUAACUACAUCGGUUGUGAUCGGGGUGUUCUUUACGAGCCUUUGCUUGGCUUUCGGCCGAAAUAUCGGAUAUUUCUUCACAAACGACGUGGAAGUGGCAAAUGCCGUCUCCGAUCUCUCACACCUCCUCUCUAUCUCGGUGUUGCUCAACAGCAUAUAUCCCGUUCUUUCCGGUGUCGCGGUAGGAGCGGGAUUGCAAGGAACGGUAGCCAUUAUCAACCUUUGUUGCUUCUACUUGAUUGGAGUACCGAUCGGGGCUUUGCUUGGAUAUGUCGCUAAUCUUGAAGUCAAGGGCAUAUGGAUUGGGAUGAUCCUCGGAAUCUUUACCCAGUCGCUUGCGCUUAGCUACAUGGCGUGGAAGACGGAUUGGGACAAACAGGUAAGAUUAGCCUCGGAACGACUCCAACGAUGGUACCUUAAGUCGUCCGAAGAACAAAAUGGCAACGGCCAUGCUUGAAAAAUGAGAGUCGAUUUGGAGUAGCCUAUGAACAUCGCAAGAAUCGUCGAUAGAUAAUGUAUGAUGUGAUAUGAUACGAUACGAUGUUCUUAGGGAAUUAGGACACAAUUUGUUGUUGUGGGAUUUUGAUUUUGAUUAUGAUUAAUUGUACCUUGUUUUUUUUUUAAUUAUCAUAUGUUUAAAUUUAAUGCAUGCA